GGCAACAGCUGGGGAAACUCGUCAUGUUUAUAAAAAUUGUGUUUGGUAAAUAAUUUACACACUCACACAGGACAGAACAAUCAGGAACGAGUAAAGAUGGCUCAGGAAGACGCGACUCAGGGUCUGGAGGAAAUGGAAGAGCUGGAGCCAACCUUGCGAAACGUGAUAGAGCAGACGUCGCUCAGGUGGAUCUUCGUCGGUGGCAAAGGCGGUGUGGGAAAGACGACGUGCAGCUCGAGUUUGGCGGUGCAGCUUUCCAAAGUGCGAGAGAGCGUGUUGAUAAUAUCAACAGACCCUGCGCACAACAUUUCGGACGCCUUCGAUCAAAAGUUCUCCAAAGUCCCUACCAAAGUCAAUGGCUUCGACAACCUCUUCGCUAUGGAAAUUGAUCCUAAUGUUGGGUUCAACGAACUGCCCGAUGAGUAUUUUGAGGGCGAAUCAGACACAAUGCGUCUGAGCAAGAGCGUCAUGUCGGAGAUAGUCGGCGCCUUUCCUGGAAUUGACGAGGCCAUGAGCUAUGCAGAAGUCAUGAAACUUGUGAAAGGCAUGAACUUUUCUGUGGUUGUUUUCGACACUGCACCAACUGGUCACACACUCCGGCUGCUCUCGUUUCCACAAGUUGUCGAAAAAGGAUUGGGAAAGUUGCUGAGGUUGAAAAUGAAAAUGGGACCUUUCAUAUCACAGAUGGGAUCCCUUCUUGGUCUGGCCGACUUCAACCCAGAUUCGUUCUCAGGCAAGAUGGAGGAAAUGCUGGAGAUCAUAAAGCAGGUCAAUGAGCAGUUCCGCAACCCAGACCAAACCACAUUCGUGUGUGUUUGCAUUGCCGAGUUCCUUUCGCUCUACGAGACGGAGCGGCUGGUCCAGGAGCUGACCAAGUGCGGCAUCGACACACACAAUAUUAUCGUCAAUCAACUGCUGUUUCCCUUGCCUGGAGAAAAACCGUGCCGACUUUGCGCUGCCCGGUGCAAGGUGCAGGCCAAGUACCUGGACCAGAUUGCCGACUUGUACGAAGAUUUCCACGUUACCAAGCUGCCGCUGCUCGACCAUGAGGUGAGAGGCGGUGAACAAGUGAAGCUCUUUUCAGAAAACCUUACGACACCAUACAAAGCUCACUGAUAUGCGGAUUGGUCUAAAAUACUCUUGUUACAUACAUAACAUAUUUAAUUUAAUUAAAUUUGCUCCAGUCAAUUUGAA